UUAAAAAUUUACAAUAUUGUAGAAUGGCUGCUGAUAUUGUUGUUCCUUUAGUUGUAAAGAUAGGAGAGUUGAUAUUUGAACCUAUAGGGAAAUCAUUAAGUUACUUGUGUAGUUAUAGACAGAACAUUACUUCUUUCCAAAACCAAGUUCCGGCUUUGGAGAACAGUAGGAUUGACAUCCAAGGUUUAGUUGAUGAGGCAAAGAGAAAUGGGGAGCAUGUUCUGCCUCAAGUUGCAGAAUGGCUAACAACUGCAGAUGGGUUUGUCAGAGAAUCUAGCAAGUUUUUUGAUGACCAUCAAAGUAGCCCGUCAUGUGCGAACCUGGUUUCACGAUAUAAAGUUAGUAAGGAAGCCAAAAAGAGUGUGAUGGUUGUUAAUCAGCUUCUUCAAGAUUGUAAUUUUGUACGUGUAUCUCAACAACCUCCGCCACCACCGUUGUGGUCUGCCUCGACAGGGGAUUUGGAGACUUUUGACUCGAGGAACUUAGUGCUUAAAGAGAUUAUGGAAGCGCUUAAAGAUGAUAAUACAGAUAUUAUUGGGGUGUAUGGUAUGGGUGGUGUUGGUAAGACUACUCUUGUAAAACAAGUUGCCAAGCAAGCCGGUGAGCAAAAUAUGUUUGAUGAGAUGGUGAUUUCGGUCAUCUCUCAAACCACAAAUGUGAGGAGCAUUCAAGGGGAGAUUGCUGAUAAGUUGGGACUGAAACUUCAGCAAGAAAGUGAAUCUGGAAGGGCAUCUCGGUUAUGUGAAAGGUUGAAGCAGUCAACACGGGUGCUUUUGAUACUGGAUGACGUAUGGAAACAACUUGAUUUGGAGGCUAUUGGGAUACCACACAAUGAUGUACACAAGGGCUGCAAAUUGUUGUUGACAUCACGGAACAAAGAUGUGUGCAAUGAGAUGAAUGCUCAAGUAUGUGUCCCUGUAAGUGUCUUAUCGGAAUUGGAAGCUUGGAACUUAUUUUGCAAGAAAGCCAGCAUUACCCACGAUAGUUCUGAUGUACGUCAUCUAGCAACUAAGAUAGUCGAAAGAUGUGGAGGCCUACCGAUUGUAAUUGUAACAGUUGCACGAGCUCUUAGAGGCAAGAGUAAACAUGUUUGGAGUGAUGCACUUCGUCAGUUACAUAACCCUCCUCCGAAGCACAUUAAAGGCAUGCAGAAAUAUGUCUACUCAUCUCUAGAAUUGAGUUACAAUUAUUUGGAAACGGAUGAAAUCAAGUUUUGCUUCUUGCUUUGUAGUUUAUUUAAGGAAGAUGUUGAGAUUCCUGUUGAAAGUUUGGUUAGAUACGGCAUGGGGUUGAGUUUGUUUCAGCAUGUUCAUAAAUUAGAAGCUGCCCGAGACAGGACAUUUGCCUUAGUCGAAGGUCUCAAAGCUUGUUGCUUGCUAUUGGAUGGUAAAAGCGAGGAGUAUGUUAGGAUGCAUGACGUCAUUCGGGAUUUUGCUAUUUUGGUUUCAUCUAGAAGUAGUAAAUUUAUGUCUUUGGUAAGACAUGAUAUACAAUCCUUUGGAAGACAUAUUUGUGACCCUCCUGACCCUUUUACUGCAAUCUCGCUGGUAUCAACUAUCAUAACUGAACUUCCCAGUGGCUUGAAUUGGUCAAAACUUGAAAUUCUGCUCUUACAAUUUCACUCUGAUUCAGUUCAAGUUCCGGAUAAUUUCUUUGAAAGAAUGAAAGAGCUUAAAGUUCUUUCCAUGAGUGACAUGCCCAUUUUGUCUUUACCUUCAUCAAUUAAAUCAUUGUCGGAAAUGAGGACGUUGUGCCUUGAGCGUUGCAAGCUGCGGGACAUCUCAUCAAUCGGAGAGCUGAAGAGUCUUGAAAUUUUAAGUUUUGUGGGGUCUAAUGUAAAGCGAUUGCCUAAGGAAAUUGGACAACUAUCUCGGCUGAGACUUCUAGAUCUAACGGAUUGUGAGGAGUUGACAACAAUUCCACCCAAAGUGUUAUCAAGAUUGUCUUCAUUGGAAAGCUUGAAUAUGAUGAACAGUUUUGUGAACUGGUGUGAUGAAGAUAAACAUGCCCAUGGGAACAAUUCGUCUCUCAGUGAGUUGAAAAUGUUGCCAUGCUUGAGAUCCUUAGAAGUGAACAUACUCAACGUUAAUCUCAUUCCCAAAGAUCUAGUAUUGAAAGAUCUGAUCAAAUUCAAGAUAUAUGUUGGAAGCUAUAGGUUGGCUAGUGUUAACCAUCAAUACUCGACAGCUUUAAAACUCAACGUUGAUGAAGGUAGCAGUGUUCCCGAAGGUCUCAGGCUGUUACUAAAACAAGCUCAAUACCUGAUCUUUGAAUGUUGUCCUCAUGUCUUAAAGAAUAUUCUAUGUGACUUGAGAAGUGAAGGAUUCCAAAACCUCAAGGGGAUUGAGUUAUACGGUAAUUGUGACAUUGAGUACAUAGUUGACACAGUAGGAUGUAAACCAGGUGCCAUCUUUCCUACUUUGGGUAAGCUGGAAGUAGUUUCUAUGGAAAACCUUACAGAAAUAUGUCAUGGUCAUCUCCCUGCCGAAUCGUUCCAGGCAUUGCGCGAAUUGGAUCUAAAAUACUUGCCCGAGUUUGUCUGUUUGUGGAAGGAGGGCACUCAGGGACGCACUUGCCUUUCCAACCUAAGGACUGUCCGUAUACAUACUUGUCAUAAAUUGGAAAUUCUUUUCCCACCACACACAACUACAGAUCUUGCGUUGCUCAAUGAUUUGUGUAUAUUUAAUUGUGGCAUUUUCCGGGGAAUAUUUUCCACUGAUCUCACAGAGGCAGCUGAGGAAAGGGCUGAAAUUUUGCUUCCCAUGUUAAAUAGCCUGGAGCUUUCUCUUUUGCCCAAUUUAAAGAGUUUCUGCCCCAACAAGAACGAGAUUUCACCGUCAAAUGACAAGCUUGAUACACCUCUUUUUGGUGGUAAUGUAAAAUUUCCUAAUUUGCAUGACCUGCAACUGAGGGAACUACCAAAGGUGAAAGCGUUAUGGCACCUACAGAUGCCUGAAGAGAGCUUUGGCAGACUAAAAGUUCUCAGGAUCACAAGGUGCAAUUCAAUCUCAAAAUUGAUUCCAUUCAACAUGGUGCAGAGAUUAAAGAGCUUGGAGAGUCUUUCUAUCAUUAAUUGUGAUAUGCUUAAGGAGAUUAUUGAACUCGAAGGUCUUGCUAGUGAAACUAAUGCAAAAUCAACUGAUUUCCCACCGCUGAAAGAAAUAGUUCUAUGUGGCUUAUCUGAGUUGGAGCACUUGUGGUGGAACGGCCCUUUUGGAUAUCUUAGCUUGCAGUUUUUAGGUUUUCUCACCAUCACUCGAUGUGAUAGUCUGACCUGUAUAUUUUCUAUAUCGACAUUGAAAGGUCUCAUUCAGCUUCAACGACUAGAAAUAGAAUCAUGUGCAUUGGUUAACAAGAUUGUUUCUAUAGAGAGCGGAGAGGACAGCAACAUGGCUGUUUUUCCACAAUUACACACUCUCCGACUUAACCACUUGCCAGAACUUACAAGUUUCUACAAAGAUCACAAAGCUUUAGAUUGGCCAUCUUUAAAAGUAUUGAGUAUUGCAAAUUGUCCGAAUAUGCGAACUUUUCCUGGUUCUGAACUUAUGCAAAUAGUGGAUCCGGCGGGUAACCUUUAUGUUACUGUAGAACCCCUUUUCAAUAAAACGGAUGCAUUUCCUAAUAUGGAAGAGUUGCACAUACAGUACAUGUAUAACCUGGUCGAGGUAUGGCACAGACAAUAUCCGGAUCAGACCUUCUCCAGUCUACAAGUCCUGGAUGUGAGAGGGUGUGAAAGGUUAGUAUAUGUUGGUCCAACCCAUAUGCUGUCAAGGCUCCAGAUGCUGAGUAAACUUUACAUAGAAGAUUGUGGUUCAGUUGAGGAAAUCUUCGUCACCGAACAUCAAACUGAUGCUGACGUGUCAUUGUUCGGCCUGACAGAAUUAAGAUUGAAGAAUUUGCCUAAACUGAAGCAUAUAUGGUGGGACAAGAAUUUUCAAUCUGAAUCAUUUCACUUUCAGAACCUAAGUUCACUUGAAGUUUCUGGUUGUGAUCAUCUGAAAUAUAUACUCUCAACUUCCAUCACCAAAGGGCUAAUGCAACUCCAAGAGCUUAAAAUAAAUUCAUGCGAGUUAGUUGAAGAGGUGGUCUUGAACGAACAAUACCAACGUGAAGUGAUAGUCUUUCCUCGAAUGAAAACUCUUGAACUAAAGCAUAUGCCAAACCUUUUGACUUUCUGUUCUAUAAAUGGUACAUUGCAACUGCCAUCCCUUCAAGUGCUGAAAGUAAUUGACUGCCACAAGAUGAAGAUGCUUGCUUCCAUUCUAAAUCGGAGUAAUGUUAGAUUGGAAAGCGUAUUAUCAGAAGACUUGUUGGAAAAUAACUUUGCCAAUGUAGGCGAAACUUUUUUGGGUGGGGAGAUACUAUUACCCAUGUUGGAGAAACUAAAGAUUGAGGGACUAAGUAGAUCAACAGGCCUAUGGCAUAACCAACGACCAAGUCCUAACGGCUCCUCGUUUCAUCAACUAAAAAAUUUGAAGGUUAGAAGAUGCAACAAACUAUUAAGAUUGUUUCCUAACCUAAACUUUCUGGAUAAGCUUCAUAUUGAAGAUUGUGAUUUACUUGAAGAUAUUCUUGGAAUUGAUCCAUCGUUUUUGGGAGGUCCCGAAAAUCAUGUGAGUUGUAUGUUAAGGGAUGUCAAGCUACAAAAUCUACCUAAGUUAGUGGAAGUAUGGUGGAACAAGGAUUUUGGUCCCAUUUUGAACUACCCAAAGUUUUCUUCAUUGAAAGUCAUCAAGUGUGAUGGUUUGAGGAAAGUAUUUUCGGUAUUGGGAGUUAAGCACUUCAUACAUGUUGAAGAACUUUACUUAUCUAAUUGCUUAAUGAUGAAAGAAGUAGUUGCCGAGGAUGAACAGAAAGGACAUGCUGAACAGAAAAUUGUAUUCCCUCAACUUCAUUCUCUAGCUCUUGCAAAUCUGCCAAAUCUUGUGAGUUUCUGCUCGGGGGGUUUUACGCUUGAAUUUCCUUCAUUGGAAAAUCUGAGCUUGGAGGGUUGUCCCAAAAUGCGUACAUUCUGUUUAAGGCAGCCAGUUACACCAAAGCUCAAUGAAAUAAAAGUCGAAAACGGAGACCUCAUAUGGAAGAAUGACCUUAAUAGCACUAUCAAACACAUGUUUGGCACCAAGGAUUCUAAGAGACGAAGCCGGAAGAAGAAAGAUAAAGAUUUUAAAAAUCAGGUUCUUUCUGCAUAAAGUGAAGAUACAUUCAAGGAAAUUUGGGAAGUUUUCCAGAGGUUAGUAAAUCAGCUUUUAUUUAAGAGCUUGGAAGAACAUUGAAGUAUAGUAGUGAUUUUUGCUAGAUCUUUUCCAACUACACACAUGAUAUCCAACACGGGCUUUUGAUACACAACCAAUUUUGUUUCUUCAGAAAUUUAGUUGUUAGUAGUUAGUUUCAUCAAGUUAGUAAUUAAAUGUCAUAGGCACAAAGAACUCAUUAGCAAAAAUAUGCAGUUAUAUGUAUUUAUAAUCUUGCUUUUAUUUAAUUUAACCCAUCUAUAUGUGAAA